AUGAACCUUUUCAAUACAUUAAUUUCUUGCUUUUUAAUAUUCCAAGCACUAUUUACUACUGUUAUAAUUGCUUAUUUUCUUAAAAUUCAAAAUAAGUACCUUCGAAAAUCUAUUAAUGAAAAAAAUGAUUUAAACCGAAAUUAUCGAAAAGAAAAGAUUCAAGACGAUGAUAUUUUAAACAAGAUUUCAUCAAAGUUUUUUGGAGAAAAUUCUGCUACGAAAAUAAAAGAAUACAUUGCUUUCUCGA